AUGAAUAAACCAGUAAUAGGAAUUGAUCUCGGGACAACCAACUCGUGCGUCGCAGUCUUUAAUAACAAAGUGGAAGUCAUUGCCAACGUAUUAGGUAGCAGAAUAACACCUUCCUGUGUUUCUUUUGAUGAUAAUGAAACUAUUAUUGGAGAGGGGGCAAAAAAUCAAUUAGGAAAGAAUCCUGAGAAUACUGUCUAUGGAACAAAGAGGUUAAUUGGAAGAGACUUUGAUGAUCCCGAAGUUCAACAUGAUAUAACUCAUUUCCUAUUCAAGGUUGUGAAUAGAAAUGGAAAGCCAUUCAUUCAAGUACAAUACAAGAAAGAGAUCAGAACUCUUCCCCCUGAAGAAAUUUCUGCAAUGGUAUUAGAAAGUGUGAAGUGCACAGCAGAAGAAUAUCUAGGUGUAAAAGUCGAGGAUGUGGUUAUUACAGUUCCAGCAUACUUCAACGAUUCCCAAAGAAAAGCAACCAAAGCAGCUGGUGAAAUUGCUGGUCUCAAUGUCCUAGGGAUCAUCAAUGAACCAACUGCUGCAGCACUUGCCUAUGGGCAGUCCAACAACAAAGAUUGCAAAGAAAGAAACUUAUUGGUAUAUGACCUUGGAGGUGGAACCUUUGAUGUUUCUUUGGUCACCCAUUGCAAAGACGUCUACGAAGUGAGAGCAAGUGAUGGCGAUAGCCAUCUAGGUGGAGAAGAUUUCGACAACAUUCUUGUUGACUAUUUUGCUAGUGAAUUCAUAGAAAGUUACCCUUGUAACCUCAAAUCCGACAAAACGUCAAUGGCUAAACUCAGAAAAGAAUGCGAGUCUGCGAAGAGAAGAUUAUGUGCUUCUCCUUCAACUGACAUAGAAAUUUCGUCCCUCUAUGAUGGAAAGGCAUUUAAAAGCAAACUCAGCAGGGCAAAAUUUGAUGAAUUGUGUGGAGAUCUCAUAAUGAAAACAAUGAAUACUGUUAAAGCAGUUAUCGAGGCAGGUGGAAUUAUUAAAAGUGAUGUGGACGAGGUUCUUCUUGUGGGAGGGUCUACAAGAAUUCCAAUGGUUCAGAAAGAGGUUGCAAAGUUUUUUGAAGGCACUAAGAUUAGCAAAAAAGCGAAUGCGGACGAAGUUAUAGCAGAAGGAGCUGCAAUUCAGGCUCAUAUACUAUCGACAGAGCCUAGAGUAGUGCUUCUAGAUGUUGCUCCUAAAUCCUUAGGAUUAAAGGCAAUUGGUGAUCGAAUGGUGAAAAUGAUUCCUAAGAACCUGGCUAUACCUUCUACUAAUUCCAAAGAUUUCACAACAGUUUCAGAUUAUCAAACUAAUUUGGUAGUCAAAGUAUUUGAAGGAGAGAAUGAAGUAUGUUCAAAAAACCGUCUACUUGGGGAGUUUGAACUAAGUGGAAUCCAAAGGGCCACAAAGGGAGAAGCUAGAAUAAUCGUGGUGUUCAAUGUCGACGACAAUGGUAUAUUGAAAGUAUCUGCUACAGAAUCAAAAACCAACAAGACAAAGUCUCUCACUAUUACCAAAUUAAAGGAGAGUUGGACAGAAAAGGAAAAACAACGAGUUUCAACUGAAAUUGAAGAGUUUAAAAGAGAUCGAGAGCUUCACUCAGCAAUGAGUAAAGAAAUAGAACAAGAAAUCUAUAAAAUUGAACACCUUCUCAGUGCAAUGAACAAUGUUCUCACAGAUCCUAGAAUUAAAAGCAAGAUACCUGCUAAGAUUAAAAGAGAUAUCAUCAUACAAAUCAUUGAUGCCAACAAGUGGUUACUGAAUGCAGAUAAGGAGUCUUUACAAACUUGUAAAGAUAAAUUUUCUACUCUUAAAUUCUUUUCACAGGCGUGUAUUCCAAAUGGGGAAGGAAUUGAUAUUGGAUCUACACAAAGUCGGCUCUUUGCCAUCAAUGACGAUAAGGAAUUCGCCAGUCCGUCCAAACCAGAAGCCGAAGUCCAACAAAAUGAACUUGAACUAUGCGUGCUAACUGUACCCAGUAUUUUAAGUUCGAAACUAUUAGCGAACCCUGAUAUAAGUGGGAGAAACCAAAUGGUUAUCCAAAGGGUAAUAGAUGAUAUUAAGAAAAAGACAAAGCUGAAAUAUGAUAUUGAAUUCCAACAGUGCUACAUUUCACUUCCCAGGUGGUAUAUCGAGAAAAAUAAGUUACCGAGUGAGUUCAAGAUACAAGACAGAUGUAAAUGUUUAAGAAAUUCUUAUAUAUCCAAAGUUCCCAAUGGAAAAGUUCUAUUCAUUGAUGUUGGAAGUCAACUUGAAAUUUCUUGCUUCGCAGGAAAUAAGAUUAUUUUUAGUCAUUAUUUCUCCAAAUUGGGUGGUAACAAGUUCGAUAAGGACCUAGUAGCAUCAUGCGUUGAAUCAUUUGAGCCAAGACAUAUAUCUCUCUACAGAAAAGAUCCAGUAGCACAAAAAAGACUUGAGUUUGCCUGUAGACUAGUGAAGGAGAGCUUUGGAGAUAAAGACGAAGUGACGGCCAAUAUUUACGACUUUUUGGAUAGCACUGAUUUUGUAAGGCUGAUCUCCAAAGAUAAGUUGAUUGCAAUAUUAAAGAACAGCUUCAAUGAAUUAAGAAGAGCAAUUUCAGAGAAACUUAAAAUCGAGAGAGUGGACGAAAUAGAUGAAAUUGUGUUAGCUGGAAGAGCUGCAAAUGUUCCAGGUCUCCAAAAUUUUAUAACAAGAGCAUUCAAGGGUGCUAGCAUUGACACCUUAGAUAAUUUUUCCAUUGCUAAAGGUGCUGCUCUUGAGAUGAAGAAGAAGGAAAGACUGGAGAAGAUUGACAAGUCCUAUUUCACUACACCGAAGAAGUUCUUCAAUGUAAUCUCCAAACAUGCGGCUACUACUCUUCACCAAGGGGAUGGAAAUUGA